AUGGCCGAAAAAACUAAAGCUUUUGAACUCAGAACCAAAAACAAGACUCAAUUACUUGAACACCUCAAGGAACUCAGAACUGAGCUCUCAAGUUUAAGAGUUGCCCAAGUUAAAUCACCAAACCCAAGCAAAUUAGCCAAAAUCGGUACCGUCCGUAAAGCUAUUGCCCGUGUUUUAACUGUUUUCAACCAAACUCAAAAGAACCAUCUCCGUGCUGUCUAUUCUAAAAAAUCAUCAAGCAAGAUCCCAACUGAUCUCCGUUACAAAAAGACUAGAGCCAUCAGAAGACGUCUCACCAACAAACAAUCUAAAGUUGUCACCUUAAGAGUUUCCAAAACUGCCACCAACUUCCCACAAAGAGUUUUCGCUGUUAAAGCCUAA